GGCGGAUCUUGUUUCAGUGACCGCUGAAGGGGCGUUCUGCGCUCUCCAUCAUGGGGGACAAAAAGGAUUUGGAGAGCGGGGACCCUGCGCUGGAAUGCUCGGGGGUUCGGCCAAUGAUAGAGCUGCCGACGCUGCCCAAGGCCCUCACCUAUGAGGAGAAGAAGUAUCUUCUGGCGGUGGAGCGGGGAGACAUGGCCAAUGUCCGAAGGAUCCUACAGCGAGCCCACCGUCAGAAGAAUGUAGACGUAAACUGUGUGGAUUCCCUCGGGCGAGGAGCCCUAACCCUGGCCAUAGACGGGGAGAACAUGGAAAUGGUGGAACUCCUGGUCGUCAUGGGCGUGGAAACGAAGGAUGCUCUGCUGCAGGCCAUUAAUGCUGAGUUUGUUGAGGCCGUGGAACUGCUGCUGGAACAUGAGGAGCUUAUUUAUAAGCCUGGUGAACCUUACAGUUGGCAGAAAGUGGACCCGAACACGGCCAUGUUCACGCCGGACGUCACGCCGCUGAUGCUGGCAGCUCACAAGAAUAACUACGAGAUCAUCAAGAUCCUUCUGGACCGCGGAGCCACGCUGCCUGACCCUCACGACGUCAGAUGUGGUUGCGACGACUGCAUCCGCGAGUCAUCCGAGGACUCCCUUCGGCACUCUCUGGCGCGACUAAACGCGUAUCGCGCCCUGGCCUCGCCAUCUCUCAUCGCGCUUUCUUCCACCGACCCUAUCCUCACAGCCUUCCAGCUCUCAUGGGAGCUCAGGAACUUGGCCUUUGCUGAACAGGAAAGCAAAGCAGAAUACCUUGAGCUCCGCCGGCAAGCGCAGCAGUUCGGCGUGGACCUCCUGGACCAGUCCCGCAGCUCCCAGGAGCUGGCCAUCAUCCUGAACCACGACCCUGACGAGCCGCCUUUUACGGACGGCGGGCAUAUGAAGCUGGCAAGGCUGGAGCUUGCCAUCGACUUUAAGCAGAAAAAGUUUGUAGCCCACCCAAACAUCCAGCAGCUCCUAGCAUCGCUCUGGUACGAGGGAGUCCCAGGAUUCCGUCGCAAGACAGCCUUGGAGAAGAUCAACAUCAUCUGCCGCGUGGCGAUGCUCUUCCCCUUCUACUGUUCACUGUACAUGGUCGCGCCGAACUGUGCCACUGGCAAACUGAUGAGGAAACCUUUCAUGAAGUUUUUGAUACAUGCAUCUAGUUACCUGUUCUUUCUGCUAAUUUUGAUCCUGGUAUCACAAAGAGCGGAAGUGCAAGCGAUACAGCUGUUCGGUCCAGAGUGGAUGGUCAAAGAGCUUGAAAAAGAACUGUUGAAACAGAGAGGAAACGGACCGACACACUUGGAACUCGCCGUUGUGGUCUAUGUUCUUGGUUUUAUAUGGGAAGAGACACAUGAGAUCUUCACAGAUGGCAUUCGCGCGUACCUCCGAGACAUGUGGAACUUCAUCGACUUCACACGCAACUUCCUCUACGUGACCGUGGCCCUGCUUCGGAUAGCGGCCUAUCUGCAACAGAUCACGGAAAUCAAGAGGGAUCCGCAGACCAAGUUCAUACCUAGGGAGCAGUGGGACGCUUUUGACCCUCAGUUGAUAGCUGAGGGGUUGUUCGCUGCUGCUAACAUUUUCAGCGCCCUGAAGCUGGUACACCUGUUCUCCAUCAACCCUCACCUGGGGCCGCUGCAGAUCUCGCUGGGCCGGAUGGUCAUAGACAUCGUCAAGUUUUUCUUCAUCUAUAGUCUCGUGCUCUUCGCUUUCGCUUGCGGUCUUAACCAGCUGCUCUGGUACUUCGCUGACCUGGAGAAGAAGAAAUGCUACGUGCUUCCCGGAGGUCUCCCCGACUGGGACAACGCAGGGGACUCCUGUAUGAAAUGGAGGAGUUUCGGGAACGUAUUCGAAGCCUCUCAGUCCCUCUUCUGGGCGUCAUUCGGCAUGGUGGGCUUGGAGAACUUCGAGCUGGCCGGCAUCAAGAGUUACACCCGCUUCUGGGGGCUGCUGAUGUUCGGCUCCUAUUCCGUCAUCAACGUCAUCGUGCUGCUGAACCUGCUCAUCGCUAUGAUGUCCAACUCUUAUGCUAUGAUUGACGAACACUCUGACGUUGAAUGGAAGUUCGCCCGAACGCGUCUCUGGAUGAGUUACUUCGAACAGAGCGCGACGUUGCCUCCCCCCUUCAACAUCUUCCCCACCCCCAAGCUGCUGCUUAAAAUGCUGGGUCUGAGGAAGAAGGAUCAACAGGCGAAAGAAAAGUUAAAGGAAAAUGUGGAGAAAGAGCUUGACGUCCGCUACACAGCCGUGAUGCGAGCGUUAGUGUGGCGCUACGUGUCCGCCAUGCACCGCAAGAUGGACGACGAGCCGGUUACCGAGGACGACGUCAACGAGCUGAAGGGUGACGUGUCAGCUCUUCGGUAUGAGCUGCUUGAAGUCUUUGAGAAGAACGGAAUGGAUGUGUCUUUCACCGACCGCAAAGAAAAGACGGUCCUCGGUAAACGCAUGAAGGUCUGGGAGCGUCGUCUUAUGAAGGACUUCCAAGUGGCUCCAGUCGCUCUAGAAGAUGAGGGUGACAAGCCACCAGAAGAUGGCCUCUCCAGGUUCAGGAGGCUCGCCAAGCUGGCCGUGGCCUCCACCAGCACGUCCAAGUGGGACCAGACGUUGAUACAGACUGGAAUCUCGUCCCAAAUCGGCCGCUGCCGCAGUAGAUCGUCCUUCAAGAACCAACAGAACCUCCAGCGCGCUAUGGAUGAAGCUAGGAAGCUGGUGAUGAGGUCGCCAAUACCAGAGGGCUCUCGAGGUGCGUCACCCGUCUCCAUGCCAGUUACCCCUGGCCACACCCUGCUGGAGCUGAUCAAGGAUAUCUCCGAGGAUGUGGGACCCACUCCUGAAGGAGGAUCCACUCCGUUAAACAAGUCACCAUGGAAACCACGUAGCACUGGUGCUUUACUGGGUGCUGCAAUGAAGAGUCCCUGCCGGGGCAGCUCGCCCAAGCCUCGAACCACAACUCCUGUCCCGCUGAACAUGGGGAUAGUAGUAACUCCAAGGCCGUCACCGCCGUCACCGGCGCCAUCACCAGCGCCAUCGCCGGCGCCCACUCCGCGGAGUCCCAGCCCGGUGCCAAGCACGUCAGCGAGGCCAGUCAGCCCGGUGCCUGAAGAACAAGAAACUGAACCAACACCAUUGGUAGGAAAGCGUGUCCCUGGCGACUCACCACCAAAGGUCAUCAAGCCUGGACCACCGGCACAAGAUGACCAGCCGUCAGCAGAAGACAAGCCUCCUGAGGACAUUGCAGUCGCCAGACCAGUGGCCCCAGAAAUAAAACCUACAGAAGGCGCCAUACCACCUCCGCCCGCGCCGGUCAAACCUAAGGCUCCACCAGCACCAACAAUGGAGGUGACACCGAGCACGCCACCCAAGUCCCCCACGACGUCAAAGCCCCCCUCGCCCCCCAAAUCCCCCGCCCCGAAGCCCCCUUCGCCCCCUAAGUCCCCUGCUACGUCGUCGGUGAGGGCUCCAAGCCCGCAGACUUCAGCGCCUCCGCGCUCACCCACCCCGCCAGGCUCGGCCCCGCGGCUGACCUCGACGUCUAGCACGGAGCAACUCAUCCCCCCUCCCUCGCCGGAGCCCCUCCGCCCUCAGGUCAAGAUCGAGGAAGUCAAGACCAUCAAGAGGCAACCCAAGUAUGGAUGGCUAUAG